UAAAGCUUCAUUUCUAAAGGGGACCGACUGUGGAGGCUGACCUGCAGACCAGAACAACUCUCUCUCUGUGACUGAGCAUCUUUAACCACCAUGGUUGAACAGUUUGCAGGAACCUGGACUUUAGCUUCCAGCGAGAACUUUGAUGAGUACAUGAAGGCUGUCGGUAUGGGGUUUGCCACCCGCCAAAUGGGCAACAUAACGAAGCCUAACCUGGUCAUCCAGGUGGGUGCUGACGGGGUCAUCUCUAUGAAAGCUGAGAGCACCUUCAAGACCACAGAGAUCAAGUUCAAGUUGGAUGAGGAAUUUGAUGAGAAUACAGUGGAUGGUAGAAAUGUAAAGUCUACAUUCACCCUUGAGAACGGCAAACUUGUGCAGAAACAAAGCUGGGAUGGUAAGACCUCAACUCUGGAGCGAGAGAUCCAAGAGGGGAAGCUAAUAGCUAAAUGUAUCAUGGAUGAUGUUGUGGCUGUGAGGACAUACGAGAAGGCAGCAUAAAUUUUCCUAAAUGACAUCAGCCUGACGUCCAUCAUUCCAGUUUGACUCUUGUCUGUUCAUGAAUGAUCUGUCAAUGUAACUUAUCAUCCAUGCGAAUAAAAUAAUUUAAACAAC